CUUUUUUCUAUUCAGAAAAAACAAUUUCCUUUUGAUUUCCUUGUUCUAGGAGAUCCCAUAUUUUUAAAUUAAAAAAAUUCCCAAUUUCUUAUGUUGGCACACACGUAAUUUUUUCUUGUAUAUAAAGAGGGUAUUUGAUGUUGUGUUCUCCCAACAAUAUUAAAUUGCAAAUUUUGCAUUUAUUCAACUUGGGUCUGCUAUUUCUUGAAUUUUCUGUUUUAAAGUUGUGAUUUUUAUCUGGAAUUUUGGAUAUGAGUUUAGGGGGAGAAAAGAAAAGUGUUGUUGUGAUUGGGGGUGGAGUUGCUGGUUCUCUUGUUGCCAAAACCCUUCAAAAUGAGGUCAAUGUUUCCCUCAUUGAUGAGAAAGAAUAUUAUGAGAUAUCAUGGGCAAGCUUAAGGUGUAUGGUUGAACCUGAAUUUGCUAAAAGAUCUGUCAUUUCUCACUCUGAAUACCUUCCUCAUGCAAAAAUCAUUUCAUCAGCAGCAGUUAACAUCACAGACACUGAUGUAUUGACCAAACAAGGCAGCCGAAUUGCAUAUGACUAUCUUGUUGUUGCCACUGGUCAUACACAAAGCGGUGCUGGGGCAAAAACAGAGAAGAUCAGUCAAUACCAAGCAGAGUAUGAAAAGAUAAGGGCUGCUGAAUCCAUAUUGAUAGUCGGAGGAGGGCCAACAGGUGUGGAGUUGGCUGCUGAAAUUGCUGCAGAUUUUCCUGCUAAGAAGGUGACAUUGGUUCACAGGGGAUCAAGAUUGCUGGAAUUUAUUGGAGAAAGUGCCAGCAAAAAGGCACUGAAUUGGCUUACUUCAAAGAAAGUUGAAGUCAUAUUGGGGCAAUCUGUCGAUGUAAACUCUCCAUCAGAUGGUGUUUAUAGAACAUCUGGAGGAGAAACUGUGGCUGCUGAUUGCUAUUUUCUGUGCAUCGGUACACCAUUUGGUUCAGCAUGGCUAAAAGAAACCAUCUUGAAGGAUAGUUUGGACAGUCGUGGAAGGGUAAUGGUUGACUCAAAUUUGAGGAUCGAGGGUCGCACCAAUAUCUUUGCUAUUGGGGACAUCACUGAUGUUCCGGAACUUAAACAAGGAUAUUUGGCUCAAGAACACGCAAAGGUAGUAGCCAAGAACAUCACGUCGUUAAUAAAGGGAGUAGACGAUGAUCACAAAUUGGCUGUAUAUAAGCCAGCAACCAAGGCAUUGGCUAUAGUUUCUCUAGGGAGAAAAGAUGCAGUGGCGCAAUUUCCUUGUUUGUCAAUAGCUGGACGCGUUCCAGGCAUGAUAAAAUCUGGGGAUCUAUUUGUUGGAAAGACGCGCAAGGGACUUGGUCUACAGCCUGGUGUUUAGUUGUCUUGUAUAUCAGGAAAUAUGCAUGCAUGCUAUAGAAGUUGCAUAUAUUUAGUAAAGUAAUUUUAAAACUUUUUCGUUUGAUUGUUACAUGUUAUAGUUUAAGAUCUAUGUACAUACUGCCAUCUCAUUUGAUUUUUUAUUUUUUCUUCAAUCUUCUUAAUACAAGUGUGUGUGGUUCUGCAGC